AAAUACGCAGUCCCUCGCUCUACCUGACUUACUAUAUUUCCCUCGCUUCUAGGUUUUGCAGAUUUUACCUUUCCGACCGAAAUUCUCAUAAAAAUCCCUCUUUUGUCUAGCGACUAGCGCCGGAGACGGAGGCGAUGCCGACGUACAACAUCAGAGGCAUCGAUGUCGAUUUCCCAUUUGAGGCGUACGAUUGCCAGCUCGUUUACAUGGAGAAAGUCAUUCAAUCUCUCCAAGAAAAAAGUAAUGCACUGCUGGAGAGUCCCACUGGAACUGGGAAGACCCUUUGUCUUCUGUGCGCCACAUUGGCCUGGAGGAAGAGUUUGGGCCCUUUCUCAACUGGUCCUAAUGUCAAGAUGAGUGUGAUCACAGGAGAUGCAUCAGGUGGUCCCUCGUCACAGUCUGUGACAAAAGGUUUUCCUACCAUAGUAUAUACGUCCCGCACUCACAGCCAGAUCCGGCAAGUAAUUCAAGAGUUGAAAAGAAGCGCUUACAGGCCAAAAAUGGUAGUGUUGGGAUCUCGAGAGCAAUUAUGCAUUGAUGAGGAAGUGAGUUUACUUCGCGGAAGAACACAGACAAAGGCUUGCCAUGUCCUCUGCAGAAAGCGCACAAAGGAUACAAAGCGUCGUUGUUCUCAUUACUCUCGUGGUUCUGGUUUCUUGAAGAGUAAUCCUCAUCUUGGAGAUGAACCUGUUGAUAUCGAGGAUUUGGUCAAUACUGGAAAAAAAUUGGGGCCGUGUCCUUAUUAUUUAUCGAGGGAGCUCCAUAAGGUUGUUGAUAUAUUAUUUGCACCUUAUAACUAUCUCAUUGAUCCUGCAUUUAGAAAAUCGCUACAGGUUGAUUGGAAAAACAGUAUUCUGAUAUUUGACGAAGCUCACAACCUGGAAAGCAUAUGUGCAGAUGCUGCUUCCUUUGACUUGCCCUCUUGGCUUCUUACAACUUGCAUUUCUGAAGCAAAAAAUUGUAUUGACCUUUCUUCAAAAAGAAGGGAAGACUCAACUGAUAAAUCACAGAAUCCAGAUGACUUUGCUAUCCUCAGAGCGCUACUAUUGAAGCUUGAGAAGCGUAUUUCUGAAGUACCUAUCGAAUCCAAGGAAUUGGGAUACACAAAGCCUGGGCCUUAUAUCUAUGAACUCCUGGCGGAUUUAAACAUCUCGCAUGAUACUGUCCCUAAGCUCAUUGCAAUACUUGAGGACGCUACUGUACUUAUUGAGGAAGAUAACCAGGACAAGGCGAAUCGAAAUGCCUGCCGGCUGGAAAGCAUUAGUGACAUGCUUAAUAUAAUUUUCAGAGAUAAAGACAAUAAUCAUGCGAAAUCCUAUCGUGUUCAUGUACAAGAAGUUGAAGCCAGUGCAAUAGAUGGUUUAAAGGGGAAGGCUUCUAGGACACUUAGCUGGUGGUGUUUUCAUCCUGGAAUUGCAAUGGAAGAAUUUGCCAGGAUAGGUGUGGGCUCUAUUAUACUGACAUCUGGCACAUUAUCUCCCUUGGAUUCGUUUGCACAGGAACUGAAACUAGAGUUUCCUGUGCGGCUGGAAAAUCCUCAUGUUAUUACCCCGAAUCAGAUAUGGGCUGGAGUUGUACCAGCUGGCCCUUCUGGAUUCUCUUUCAACUCCUCUUACAGAAAUCGUGAUUCUACGGAGUACAAGCAGGACCUUGGAAAUGCUAUUGUCAAUUUUGCUCGAAUUGUUCCCAAUGGAUUGCUAGUAUUCUUUCCGUCGUACUACAUUCUGGACCAAUGCAUUGCCUGCUGGAAGAAAAUGAGCCAUGCCAAUUCAACUACAACAUGGGAAAGAAUCUCUAAACAUAAGAAACCUGUUGUGGAACCUAGACAAUCUUCGUUGUUUCUUUUGUCAAUUGAGGAUUAUAUGGCAAAGCUGAAGGACACCUCAGCUUCUGGUGCAGUAUUUUUUGCUGUUUGCCGUGGUAAAGUAAGUGAAGGACUAGAUUUUGCUGAUCAUGCUGGAAGAGCUGUAGUCAUUACUGGUCUACCAUUUGCCACAAGGAAUGAUCCUAAGGUUCGACUGAAACGUGAAUACUUGGAUCAGCAGGCAUAUUCCCAAAGGCAAGCAUGUAAGUUGAAGGUUCUAACUGGAGAAGACUGGUACAAUCAACAAGCAUUACGAGCUGUGAAUCAGGCUGUUGGGCGCGUAAUCCGUCAUCGUCAUGAUUAUGGAGCAAUUAUUUUUUGUGAUGAAAGGUUUGCACAUUCAAACCGUCAAUCUCAAAUAUCGCUCUGGAUACAACCUCAUAUCAAGUGUUACUCUAACUUUGGGGACGUAGUUUUUUCGUUGACCCGAUUCUUUCGGGAUGGAGAUCGGGGUCCUACUAAGCUGCAACAAACUGAAAAAUGGGAUGCAAUUUCUACUUCAAAAUCAGUACUCCAUGAGCAGCCCGAUCAUAAACCAUCUUCUCUAGGUUCAUCAACUUCAGAUCAUGGAACCCCAGGGAAAAUAUAUGAGUUGAAAACUGAGGAACCACCAGAAAUAUUUUACUUGGACCAGUUUCUACCUAAGACAACUGCAGUUGGUCAAGACCCCGCUGUAAAAUCGCCUUCUUUCCUACUUAAAGCUAGAAGGGACAGAAUAUCAAGCCUGUUAGGCGAAGUCCUUCCUGCCAACCGCUCAUCUCUUACUUGCUGUAAGGAUCAGUCUGUGUCAUUAAAGUAUUCAAAUGAUCUAUUUCAAAGUGAGAAAAAGAUGCGUAUGUGUGAUAGGGGAACUAUGCAAUGUCAAGAAAGUAAGGUUCUUGGGUUUCCUGGGAAAAAUGAGAAACGAAGUGAACAACAACUGAUAGCACCUUGUUCCACAAAGAAGUAUAAAUUAGAGCAUGGUGCAGAACAACAUGACAGUUCUAAGCAUUCAUCUCUUGCAAAAGAUGCUCACUCAUAUGGUCUUUACUCCACUAAUAAUUCAAUGAGAAGUGAGAGUUCACAUAGAUCUGACAGUGGAAGUGCACAAAAUGCUCAAGUUGGUUCAGCUCUGCUGUGCAAAGAUACGAGGAUCAUACAACAGGGAGAUGCUGAGUUUCUGAGCAAGAAAAAAACGAGUGCAAUAUCCAGCCCUGUGCCUUCUGGUGAUGGGGAAACCAGAGGAUCUGAGUUUCUAGUUCAGGUUGAGGAAAAACUUAGUGCUUUGGAAUAUAAAGAAUUUGUAAAUUUGAUGAAGGCACUUAAGUCCAAAGCUAUGAAGAUAAAUGAGGUUUUGCAAUCCAUUGCGGGCUUGUUUUCCGGAAGAGAGAGGCUUCCUCUUCUUAAAAGAUUUAAGGACUUUAUCCCUGCAAAGUAUCACUCUAUGUAUGAGAACUAUUUUCAAACAAAUGACGGAUCUCUUGAUAUCCAAGGAAAGUAAAACUCUUAAGAGGGUUUUUGUGCGUGUUUGGCUCCAUAAAACUUCAUGAAUAUAUCUGGAGCAGUUGGGAUGCAUAAAUGUUGUUUUCUACCCUUCAUAUGGAAGUAAAAGAACACACUUUUUAAGGUCAAACUACACCCAGUGAUCCCAUUCUACUGGGGUUCAAGAACCUGCCUGGUAUUUCAGCUGAGGUCUCCCACAGGUAGGACACUUCGAAAUGAUGCUCUGGGUCACGAAGCUACAAUUUGUUUUCUGAAAGAGUACCGGACUACUUUCUCUAGUUGUACAAAUAGUGUAGAGGAAGCUUUCACUCACUCUUAUUAGCUUCUGCAGCCUUUCACGGUGAACGGAAUACGAAUUAUUAUAGAAGUAGUAAACUGCUGUAGUGACCUGGGUGUUGUAGCAUAGAGGUGGCGAGUGAAGGGGAUGCAUUUGCACAUCCCGGAUUCUCUUCUUCAGCAAUAUUUGUCUGUAGCUGCUGUUACAGCUUCAGAGGCAGUGUAUUGCCAAACCUUUGUUUAUAGUGUUAGAAAAGUUGGUUUUGCUUCUCAA